GUGGUUCGUCUAACGAGGAGAGAGACAGCUUCUUAACGGGCUCUUAGAACCUGGAUUCCUGUAGAGAGAGCCCGACGGACGAGGGGCAGCCACCAUCACCUUCAUCACCUUCAUCACCUUCAUCCUCAUAGAUGUAGGCCCGACGAUGCACGAUGGGUCUCCCUGUGGUCAGCCCACACCGAUACAGUGAUGUGCUCAAAUGUGAGCUGCGAGGAGAGGGAGAGGAGGGCGAGAGCCAGAGUGAAGCCGGCCCCCCCGUCAGGCCGCCUGUCAUCAAGAAGAGGAGGAAAGGCAAGAAGAGAUGACUGUGGAUCAGCCUCACCAACUGCAAAUAUGAAAGUGUGAGACGAGCUGCCUGCAGGUUGGGCCUCAAGGAGGUGGGGGAGGGCGAGGACUGGACUCUGUUCUGGACCGACUUCUCCGUGACUCUGCUCCGCGUGAAGGACAUGAAGUGUUACCAGAAAAUAAAUCAUUUCCCAGGGAUGAAUGAGAUCUGCCGCAAAGAUCUACUGGCAAGAAACAUGAACCACAUGCUGAAGCUCUUCCCCAAAGACUACGGCAUCUUCCCCCGGACGUGGUGCCUCCCUGCAGAUUACAGCGAAUUCCAAGCGUACACCAGAUCCAAGAGACACAGGACGUACAUCUGUAAGCCAGAUAGCGGCUGCCAGGGCAAAGGCAUCUUCAUCACCAAGUCCAGUAAAGACAUUCCAGCUGGAGAACACAUGAUCUGCCAGGUCUACAUCUCCAGGCCUUUCAUCAUCGACGGUUUCAAGUUCGACCUGCGUAUCUACGUGCUGGUGACGUCAUGUGACCCGUUCAGCGUGUUCAUGUUCAAGGAGGGACUCGCUCGCUUCUGCACCACGCACUACAACGAGCCCAAGCAAGGAAACGUGGAUGAUGUGUGCAUGCAUCUCACCAACUACUCAAUCAACAAGAACAGUGAGAGGUUCGUCCGGGACGAGGACACCGGCAGCAAACGAAAACUGUCCACACUGAACAGGUACCUGGAGUCCAUCAGCUGCAACACGGAGAAGAUGUGGAGCGACAUCGAGGACGUGAUCAUCAAGACGCUGAUCUCAGCUCAGCCCACGCUCAAGCACAACUACCAGACCUGCUUCCCCAACCACACCAGCGGCAGCGUGUGCUUCGAGAUCCUGGGCUUCGACGUGCUGCUGGAUCACCGGCUGCGGCCCUGGGUGCUGGAGGUGAACCACUCACCGAGUUUCACCACCGACUCGGCGCUGGACCGCGAGGUGAAGGACGCCUUGUUGUACGACACCCUGGUUCUCAUCAACCUGGGCGCCUGCGACCGCCGCAAGAUCACCAAGGAGGAGAAACGCAGGGUGAAGGAGCGGCUGGAGCAGAACCAGACCCGAGAGGCCAGGCUGGAGGAGCUGCGGCAGUGCCAGGCGGCCACGGUGGAGCAGAUGGAGCAGUACGAGGCCGACAACCUGGGCGGCUUCAAGAGGAUCUACCCCCGACAGGGAUCGGAGAAAUACGACAAGUACUUCAAACACAGCAACGUGCUCUUCCAGAAGACGGCAGCGUCCCAGGCCCGAGAGGACUGCUCCAGGCAACAACUGCAGGAGCUGCGUCUGAAGGAGGAGAAGGUGAAGGAGAGGGAGCAGAGGGGGGGUCGGAGGAGAGACCUGCAGGGGGAGACAGCGGGGGAGCGGGUCAGACGUCGACAUACACCAGCUCGAGUCCCGCUCACACGGCCGCCUCGUCUGUCCCGGCUGGUGGAGGAUCCCGAAGCUGCACGCCUCCGAGCAGAGAAGCAGGAGGAGGAGGAGGAGCAGGAGGAGGAGGUGGAGGAGCAGCGGCGGGUCGAGGCCCUUCUCCAGAGGAAGAAACUGCUGCAGGACCUGGGGGUGGUGGAGCAGAUCCGGCAGCUGCUGCAGGGCCCGGCCGGGAAAGAGCCCCAGCAGCAGAGGAGGCAGCAGAGACGCCAGGAGACCAAGAUUGACCCUGUGAUGCAGUCGCCCCAGAGGAAGCAGCAGCAGCAGCCCGGCCCUCAGACCACACGGCAGCAUGAGCUGAGCCCCCCCGCGGACCAGCGCGGCCCGGACGAGUCCGUCGACCCGCUGCUCGAACCCAAGAGCCACAACCGAGCAGGGGACGCUCACAGCACCAUCAACACCAUCAACACCAUCAACACCAUCAACACCAUCAGCACCCAGCGGAUUCACUGGCCAGUCAGCAGAUCUCUGGACCUGUGGCCGGAGAGCAGGAGAAGCUCCGUGUCCGACCCCCGGCUCAGCGCCUCCACCAUAAACCCCCCCGCUGCCCUGCAGAGCCUGCUGGUCAUCUCCAGAGCGCCGCUGGUCAGGAGGCCUGGCUUCCCUCACGCCAGGGGCCCCCGGCACGGAAAGGGCCAGCGCCGGUCAGGGGCCACAGACUGAGGCUCAUGUUUAAAUCCACUUUGCAGGAGCAGGACGAGAAGAGAGCCGGAGGUGGAGACGCCUCAAACUGUGAUGACACAGGAACUCUCUGUGCCGAUGGUGCAUGUGUCACGUUUGCAGACUUUAAUAUGUGGACUCCUGCAGUUUGCUCCACUCGCCCCCUCCCAGCAUCACCUGCAGCACAGCAGAGAACAAGUUAUGGCUUUUUUUAUGUUUUAUACCAGUGUGUGUGUGUGUGUGUGUGUGGUUAUGUGUGUGUGUUUGCUCCGAAAUGUGAAAUAUAUUGCCGUCUGUGCCAAAAUAAAAGCACAAAAGCCUCAUUUAACGCAGUUUAACACAGUGUGUGAUUCAGAUCUGCACGUUUCCUCUGAACAGAACCAGAAUCUACUGAACUCACUGAUAUUAGGUUUUGAUAUGAACUUCAAUCACUUCAGUAAAAUCUGAUGAGAUGUAACUGACUAUUAGGCCACAUUAGAUAUUAAGGUUUGAUUUAUUAUAUUUCAUUUCAAAACACUAAUUUAAACUGAAGCAUGUUGCUGUUGCUUUUCAGCUCCGUGGAAUUUUGAGGUCAAGUAUCAAAAAUAACUUUAUUUGCACUGAUGAUCAAUAAAAUGUACUUUUUUAAUCUGGGGAAAACAAUCGCAGUUCAAUGCAAUUGUUUCACAAUUUAUAUUCAUUAUUUAAGAUUUCUUUUCCUUUUUUUUUAAUAUUUAUUUUAGCUUUUCCCUGAUUUAAUUUAUUGCAAGGUUGUAAAUUAAUGUUUAAAAAAUAAGUUUGCUCCUGUUCCAUCUCAGGACUUUUCACUUUGAGUUCCAGAGGUUAUAAAGUUUUACAGCUUCCGGUUUCUUUAUGUUCACAGACCGAAAAAAACAACUAAACAAUACAUGAUGUUCAAAUAAUGAAAAAUUGUUGUUUUUAAAACUCUGCAAAACCAGUUUCUUAUUUUUAUUCUUAAACGUGAAUUUAUAUUAUUGGCGACGAAAAAAUUUAGAUGUCUUAUGAAGCAUCCACAGUUUAUAAAACUUUACACUUAUCGAAUGAUUUAAAUCAAGAGACUGAGUUUAAUAUAUUUACUGAGCAGUGAAGAUUUUCGUUUUUUAUUUUUUUUAUUUGUACGAUUUCCAUGAUUGAAUAUCCUAACAGCUUCAUGGCUGAAGGUCAAAA